GUCUGUGCAGCAGGCUUCCAUACCCUGCUGAUACACUGGGGAAUUCAGCCUUCACACAGGCAGCCCCACAAAUCCUCAUGGGGAAAAACAUUUGCCACAACUGCAAACAAAGCAACACUUCAGUCAGCCUGCUGGUAUUGAUUUCUGUCUUCUCAGUAAGCCUCUUUCCGCCUCCAUUCUCAACUCGUUAAUCUGCUUUCUAUCUGAUGGCUUUUACUAUUCCAGCUUCCCAAAUUUAGAACUAUUGUGCAUUCCAACAAUUCACAAUAAAUGCCUCAGUCAUCAGGGUUCAUUGUUUAUUCUAGUCUCUGGGCUUAUGGGAUUAUUAUUGGCAUAUUAUGGACAUUGCUUUAAAUAACUGCAGCAAAGAUAUUUACUGGUAGUGAGAACAACUGCAAUUUUGCUGAUACAUUUAACUUAAUCUAAUGCAUAUAUAAAAUGUGAAAUGUCAGCUGCUCAUUUGACUUGAUACUAUCAGGUCUUUAAAAAAAGGUGAUCUUUAGUUCUUGUAGCUCUGCUAUGACAGUGCUGUUGUGAUUUAUGCCUCCGAGAGUGAGAUUCCCUCCACAACGAGGCUUCACGUGAGCUGAAUUUGAUUUCUAAAGGCUUCCCCUUUUAGAAAAUGAGAAAUCCUCUCUUUCUCUGCACUGAUCUGGGGAUUAUUUGCUUCCACCAUCUUCUUGUGAGCGGCUUCCUCUCCUCUCAUUCACUGUUCAAUUUAUGGCUGCCACCUACACGUCUUUGGUUCUGAGAAUGCAUUCAUUAUCUUCUCCCAACCCCCUGGUCUGUAUUCAUUUUUCACACCUUUUAAAUGAUUUUUUUUUAACAGAUUAAAGCACCAAACUAGUUAUGCACUGUCAUCUGUAGAGCUGAAAAAUAACUAAAUACAUAAACAUAUACACAGUAUGUGGUAACUGUUCCCUGGUUGUUGAAAUGACAAUCAGCUGAACACAAGCUUACUGGCAGGGCUGAGGAUACUGUCUCAUAACUAUUGCUGUCUGGCCAAAGCCAUCAAAGGAAUCUUAAAUAAUCAAACCAAAACAGUUAAAGCAAACUUUAAUAAAUCAGUUUUUGAUUUUCUCCAGUCUCCUUUUGUAUGAAGAUCCAGAUUCCUGUUACUAAAAAUGAGAAUCAGACCUCAGCCAAUGCACUUAUAAAUCUGCUUAUAUUUCCUGUUUAAAAGAAGAAAAAACUAUUGGCUUCUAUAUUGCAGUGUCAGACUUUUAAAUCACCAAAUAUCCGUCACAUUCUUAAUAGCCCUGUGUGCUUUGGGUUAUCAUGAGUACGCUACAAAAUAUUAUGUAUGUAUCAAAAUUUGUUUGACAGUUACAUUGAUACUUUCAGCAUGAAUUAAACUUCUUCCACUUAACUUUAAGUUUUAAGAGAUUAUGGAUAUCUGCCACAUACACAAAACCUAAUAUUAGAUUAAUGCUAAUAUUGAAAUUAGCUUCAUAUCAAACUUUUCCAUUUAAUAAUAUUUAAUCAGCUACAAAAACCAAGAUUAUGAACGAGUGUGUGCACACCUGUUUCUAAUAAUGUUUCUCUGAGUCGUCACAAGGCUAACAUUAUUCAUGCUAAUCUCAUUAGUCUGCAGUCCCACUGUUAUCAAAAGUAUCAGUUCCAAUAUUGACUAAGCAGCCUGUGUUGUCUUACCUUGAAGCUGGAUUUUAAAGGUUAUUCACCACCUUCAGUGUUUCCCCUGGAUUGACCAGUUUGGAAGGGGGAGGUGGUUUGUAGUGGCGACAUCACCGAGUCCAGCAAUGACACGCUUCCCUCAGAGACCAUUUAGAACUCAGAAGGUGCACAGACUUUGUCAUACUGACUGCUCCGGUGCCUGCCUGCUUUAGAAUUCCUUGGAAUGUUGUGGAAAAUUCUGGAAAUGACCAUUGUCGUACUACUGUCUUUACCUUUACUGGGAAAGGAUCGAGAAAAUAACCGAAAUUAAAAUUAAAAAUGUUGUUUUUAGCUCUGUGUGCAUAUUUGUGAAUAAUUCAUCUAACUUCACUUACAGGAAAUUUGUGUACGAAUCAUUUCUGUGAGUGAAAAUUUCAAAAUUUUAAUUCCAUUCCCAGAUCUCCACAUACAAGUCUAGAUUUUUCUCCUCAAGGUUUUGUGGCCAGCUUUGUGUUAACAUGUUGGAAAUGCUAAGAGUGAUUUGAUGUCCGUUUGCAGCAGUGAGCUGUUGUGUAGGAUCGGGCACAGUCUGUACUUUACCAUCAUCUUCUUGUCCUUUUCAGAAAAGACCUCCUUUCUGAAAGCUGCAGAAGUUUUAACUGAAAGUGCUCUCACGUUAGAGGGAUCUGAAUGCAGUUUGUACACUGCCUCCUGAUUGUCAGCUAUUGAAAGACACUGUAUGGGCAUGCUUUAAUUUAAACCUAAAAUGUUACCCACCUUAACCAGAGACUAACUAAAAAUAUUCAAUCUUACCAAAGAGUGAAAUCUGCUCAACAAUGUCAUUAAUAGCAAAAUGCUAAACAUAAGAUAUCAUCACUCAAAAUAUCAGAUUUUCUAGUUUUUUGGAAGAAUAAAACAAGAUAACAUAAAAUAAAUCUUCCCAGACAGAGUGCUGCUGGCGUGUGUCAUGACUUUUAGAUUGCUGCUAUUUUCUGUGUGCGUCUUUGUUGUUUUUGCUUUGAAUCUUUGUUUCUCUGCCACCUUGUCUUUCCUGUUCCUUUGUUCUGUCUCUUCCUGUGUCUCCAGCCUUGGUGUUUUCACUGUAUAUGGCAAAUAGACUGGUCUUUACAUAGCACUUUUCUAGCUGUUAUGACCAUGAGCCACAUUUAUAAAACAUUAUUUUCAAAUACUUUUUCUGUUUUGCCCACACUGGAAAUUAAAAGCUCAGUAUCUUGAACCAUCCAACCUCCAGUUUGCAGAUGAACAGUUCUCCCUCCACAAACACAUCCCCGUGCUUUUUCUAGUCUUUUUGCUUUUCCUGGAAUUGCAUAUGUUUGUGGUCCUGCGUCAGACCUUUGUUCAUUAUACCUCCCUCCUGAUCUAUAUCUAAUGUCAGGGUAAAGGGAGAUGAGUAGUUUGAUUAGGUUUCUCAAUCAUGCUUUUAUCUAUUAAAAAACUUUAGUGAUUGUUAAGGAGGGAAAAUUCUGGGUAACAGAUUCAUAUCAGGAGUUUGACAUUUUCUGCAGUUACAAAAGACCUUUGUGAAACCAGGCUCACUAAUCAUGAAUACCUAAAAUGUUCGCUUCCUGGAAAAUUAAACAAUUUCCCACUGAUUACAUGUGAAUUGUGCUGCUUGGCACCAAAAUAACUCCUGAUAUUCAUCCUGCAUUUUUGGUGCAGAUGUUUAGCGAGGUAAAGGUGCAGCUGCUGUAUUUCCCAGAGAGAGAAAAACAUAUUUGAUCAUUUUAUGAUGGAGAAAGAUGUCAUGUAGGAAUGCAGGAAUUAUUUUUGAAUGUAAGGACUGCUCCAUGACAUUUGAUAAACAGGACAUUUAAAGCCUACAUGUGAUGUCCUUUGUUAGAGUUUAACAGAGCCAGAUGAUUUGGUGCUGAUAUGUUUUUUCUUUCUUUUUUCUUUUUAAAAUAUCUUCCAAAACAAAUUGUAAAAAAAAAACAAGAAGUAUACUAACUUGAGAAUGAAAAUAUUAGGCAGUUUCAUGUUAAUCAAAUCAAGCUGAAUUUAAGCUGUUGUCGAUCUGCAGAACUCAUUGAGCUUUGUGCUGGGUUUAUAUUCUCUAGAGGUUGAAAAUCAAUCAUCGCAGAUGCAACAACAUCUGUGUAUAUCUUGUUAAAUUCUCUUGGCUAAAUCCAUAAAGAGCAGUGAAUCUCAGAUAAGAGAUCACAACUUCUCAUCCCAGUCUAUACACAUAAAUCUUAGCCUAUUUUUAAUGGACCUGACGGGACUCAACUGGACUUCACUUUUUCUGUUAAGGUGAGGAGGUAAAGACAACCAUCUACAAUGUAAGAAACAGCAAAUACAGCUGGAUGUUUUAAUUCCCUGUUUCCUGCUUUUCUUCUACUAAAUAGAUGUUCAAAUUGAAUUCAGAAGAAUUUGAAUUUAACUUGAAAUAAAGUUUGUACUCCCCUGUACAAAGUGAUUUAUUUUGUUAUAUAUUAAUAUAUGUUGUACAGUUUCCUCCAACAAUGUGCUUUUUACAACCUGCACUUUUUCAAUGCAAGUUAAUCUUCUACUUCAACUUUUUCCAGAGUUUGUCAAAAUGUUUGUACGUUGCCACUGCAAAAGUCACCAGAUGCAGAUGAAGUGGCGAUGACUCCAUCGCAAAACCUUCAAAUGAAGGAUUUUGAGUGCAGUAGGCUUUCCUUUUACUUUUGUUCUGCACCUUUUCCCUGGAUGUGUUGUUGGGCCCGGGUAUAACGGUUAUGUCUAUACACUAACGCUACUCUGUAAAUAAAAGUGAUUACAGGAUUGUAUUGUAGAGCAAUACAAUACUGUGCACUGAGAAAUGACGCUAAAAACAUGUACAGCAGACUAUAUUGUGCCAGGGAUGGAUCCUGACCACAUCAUUGUGCUAACCAUCUGAGGUCUAAACCAUGAUGAGUGCCAACCCCAAUCCUAAACAAUAUUUUUGCGAAGGCAAAACUAAGAUUUUGGGAAUAUUUUUCUUUUCUUUUAGAUAGUGUGAUCGUUUAAUAUGUUCCUUAAUUACCAGAGACUUGGAGAGCAAUUGAAUAAAAGCAAAAAGGGACAUAUUCUGAUUCACUAAGGGGGACAGAGCUGUCAAAGAUGAUGACAUAAACCUCGGGGGUUAAGACUCAGGAGUGAGAACAGGUUGCACUGUACAUUAAAAUCCGUAUAUUCAAAUAUUUGGUAGUGGGCUGGAAGAUUGCACCUGCUACUGAGUUCUUAAAAAUAGAGAAUACUGUACUGUCUCCUAACCCUCUUAAGACUUCUACAUCACCAACAACCUCAAACCUGGCUCCAAACCCUAACCUUGACCCUUUUCUAGGAAAAUGUAAAUCGUUUUUGAAAUGUUUCAGUUAUAUAUUCACACAGAUGACAACUUCCUUUACAUUAUCCCUUACAUUAUAUAUGCCUUACAGGGAUAUAUAAUGGACAAGCACAGUAUUUUACUUGGUGCAUUCAUACAUUUUUUCACAUUUUCUUGACUGGGCUAGGCCGCCGUCUGACCUGCACUGUGUACAGACGCACGUUCUCUUAGUACCUACGAAGAUUUCUCUGAGAUAGCAAUACUCUUAUGAGCGAAGGCUCAGUACUGGUUGUAUUUGAACCCACCACACACAUCUCUUAGCUUUUUGCAGUAAUGAGCAAAAACACAUACACAUAUGCUAUAUGUGGAAAUCUUAGAUAGUAAAGAAAUGGUGGCGACCCUACGAUACCAGUCUGUGCAACACACAGACCACAGGAAAGGAGGAGGAUCAAAAUAAACAAGACCAACAAAGUAAAAACUAACUGCUAGGGCAGGAUUUGGCUGUGUAACCUACUGAGAGAGGGAGUAUAUUGAUCAGCUGCUUUCCCGCUGCUUUCUGCCUCAUUAUCAGACAACACACAUGACUUUAUUUGGUCAAGCUGCACAUGAAGAUCAGAGCUGUACAACAUGCCCUGCAGCCUGUGCCAUGUAGACAGUGUACCAAGGAGGAUUAACACUUAGUUACUUGUAUUGAUGCUGUCCUCUUUACAUCGAUCAUUCUCUUUGCCUGGAUGGAGAGUCAACUACUCAGCAUCAUGAACAAGAUGAAGAACUUUAAGAGACGUUUCUCUUUGUCGGUUCCUCGGACUGAGACGAUUGAAGAAAAUGAGUUCACUGAGCAGAUCAACCAGCUCAACAUACGGCACACUCAGGGCCUGACUCCAGACAGACUGGGUCCUCCAUCUCAUGAUGUCAGCCCAGUGAGCCCUGAACCAACCACUCCAGGAGCUCAGUCUCCAUCCCACCUCCAGUACCACAGCAAGACCCAGCACAGACGCUUCUCCAUGGAGGAUGUUAGUAAGCGCAUGUCCCUGCCAAUGGACAUCCGCCUGCCUCCAGAGUUUCUGAAGAAGUUGCAGAUGGAGAAUGAAAACUCACCGCUCUGCAAACCUCUCAGUCGCAUGUCUCGACGCGCCUCACUGUCUGACAUAGGAUUUGGGAAACUGGAAACAUACGUUAAGCUUGGCAAACUGGGUGAGGGGACAUAUGCUACAGUCUUUAAAGGGCGGAGCAAACUCACUGAGAACCUGGUUGCUCUGAAGGAGAUUCGGCUGGAGCACGAUGAGGGGGCACCUUGCACUGCUAUCAGAGAAGUGUCUCUGCUAAAGAACCUGAAGCACGCUAACAUUGUCACCCUGCAUGACAUCAUCCACACCGACCGCUGCCUUACUCUGGUGUUUGAGUAUCUUGACAGUGAUCUUAAACAGUACUUGGACAACUGUGGGAACCUCAUGAGCAUGCAUAAUGUCAAGAUCUUCAUGUUCCAGCUGCUGCGUGGUCUGUCCUAUUGUCACAAGAGAAAAAUCCUCCACAGAGACCUAAAGCCUCAGAACCUGCUUAUCAAUGAUAAGGGCGAAUUGAAAUUAGCUGAUUUUGGUCUGGCCAGGGCCAAGUCCGUCCCCACUAAGACCUAUUCCAAUGAGGUGGUAACGCUUUGGUAUCGACCUCCUGACGUGCUGCUAGGCUCUACAGAAUAUUCCACACCCAUCGACAUGUGGGGCGUAGGCUGCAUCCUGUAUGAGAUGGCAACAGGUCGUCCUAUGUUUCCUGGUGCCACUGUGAAGGAAGAACUACAUCUAAUUUUUAGGCUCAUGGGCACUCCGGCAGAGGAGACCUGGCCUGGUAUCAGCAGUAAUGAGGAAUUUAUGUCCUACCUCUUUCCUCAGUACAGACCUCAAGCUCUCAUCAACCAUGUGCCCCGGUUGGACCCAGAAGGGAUUGACCUGCUGUCUGCUCUGUUGCUGUAUGACACCCGGAGCAGACUCUCCUCUGAAACCGCUCUACGUCACCCCUACUUCCUGAGUUUGGGAGACAACAUUCAUAAUUUGGCAGACACUGCUUCAGUGUUUUCUCUCAGAGAGGUGCAGCUCCAGAAGGACCCAGGACACCGCAGCUCAGUAUUCCAGCCUUUAGGUCGAGGAAAGAACCGAAGACAAAGCAUCUUCUAGAGGUCGUGGAGAGGAUGAAGAGAGAAGACGGCGAGGAACUGCCUUUUCAGAUCACAACACCAAGGCCAUCGCAGCUCAGCACAUUCACAGCAUGUUCACCUGCACGGACAAACACGCACUCAUUUCCAUGGCAGCUGACCGUGGAGGCACACAGAGUUUCUGGAGACAAACUUGUAUUGCACUUGAAAUACCUUCUCUAUUCAUACAUAUUUGCACACAUUUGCACAAUCAGCUACACUGAACAUGCUGCCGUGAUGUAACUGGACACAUGAGAGAUUCAUCCUCCCGACACGCACAUGCAUUUCAGCCUAAGAAGAAACGGAGCACUAAAUGAAACGCUCUGCUAUGCUAUACUUACACAGGCCUGCUUUACAUAGUGUUCAGAGCACACCCAGGGUUCUAGCCAUUCAAAGUAGCUGCUAUCACAACUGGAACAAUGGAUACAGUUGCAGGUGUGCGUGUCUUUGCCCUAACAGAAAUGCAAGUAUUGCAUUAUGUGUUGAGUUUGUUCCAGGUCAGUUGGUUUCUAAAUUAUUUUCUGGUUUUAUCUUACAAAACUUAUGGUCUAACACUGAUAUGUAGCUUAAAGACACAGUUUGGCAACCAAGGACCCUUAUGAAUCCUAAUUCUUUUCUCAGCUUAACAGUGAUUCACCAGGGAUUUGUAGUUUGAGGACAGGGUUAAAACUUAUACACCACCACUACCCACAGAAAAGGCUGACCAGAAACCAAAGAGAAUAGUCACAUUUUUUUCUGUUACUUGGAUUAUCGAUUUUGUGAUGUAAUUUGUUUAAACAUUGUGUAAAUAUAUAGUUAAUAUUUUAUUGUCACACACAAGAUGUUCAUAUCAUGUUUUUAAGCCCCUUUGCUUUGCUAAUCUGAAAUUUAAAAAACUGUAAUGUUAGAUAUAACUCUGGGUGCUGCUAGGCACUUGCUCAAUAACGGACUCGUAUGCAUUUGCAAAGUGUUUUGGCGAACUGAUGAGGCAAAAACAUUAUGUGGCUGACAGAAAAACACUCAGUAAGGCUUCAUGGUCAUUCAUUACUUUGCAUGAUGUGCAUUCGCUAGUGACGGUUAGCUAUCCCAGCUAGCUAAAAACUUAUUCCAAAUCCCACUGACAUUUGAAAUUAUGCUAAUAGCUAAAAGUUUAUUCUGGAAGGGCAUCUUUUAAAAUGGCACAUUAUAGGCACACAGAUAUUAAAUUAGAUAUUUGAAGACUGAUAUAAUAGUAUUGCUCAAUAAUCAGUCUGUUUAACAGUGCAGGGUUGCAUGGAAGUUUUAGCAUGUAGUGGUCAAACCAUGUUCAGUUUCUGUGUUUACUGUGUGUUGCAGAAGGCGUUGAUGCUCUCUUGGCUUUGUAAUGAAUAUAUACUUGUAGGUGCUGCUUUCAGUCUUGUGAGGUGCUUCUCUGCACCUGCUCACCUGACCAAGGAUUCAGCACGGCACUAAUCUGAAAUGCAGUUGCAAUUUACUUACACUUUGACAGCACAGUAAAUGGGUUUAAAUGGUGUGAGUUGCAUUUGACAGUUGAUUUUUACCGCUCAAGUUUAUGAAAAGCACCUGUAGAAUUGGAAAAUUAACUUUAAGUGUUAUAUUAUCGAAGUAUUAGGGUUGCUAACAACAACCUAAGAUAUUUUGUUAUUAAAAUAUUCUUAUAGGGAAACCCACAGAUCCAAAAUCAUUUUAAAAUUCACUCAUGGUCAUUUUUAAUUGAGUAUGAGCCUCUGUCCCAUAGUUACAACUGGAGGUUCAGCUCUUCAUGAACAAUAUGGCAACCGUGUUGACACAAUGGUCCAAUGAACCAAGCAUUGCAGCAUCUACAUGUAUAUACCUUAUCUCAACUGUUGUUAUUGAACAGAAUGGAAUCGGAUGUAUUGUGAUAUUACCUCCGACUUUCUUAGGCCCCAGUGUGGCAGCUAUGGGUUACUGUUAUCAUAUAACAGUCUUGAAGUUGUAGGCAUAGCGUCACACUGCUCAUUUGCAGUACCUCUGCCGUCACGUAACAACCACUGAAGCUACCAUAAAAUCUGACUCUGUUGUGAAUAUAAACCUGGAAACUGGAUAGACUCGCCUCGCUACAGUGCCCGUGUCUCCUCGUUGUGGGGUAACAUUCCUUACAGUGUUAACAGCUGACUUUCACACCAGUUUUUUGAAGUUGCCUUAGUAAACUGUGCAUGAUAUUUUAGCUUGUGAAGAAAUUAUAUUUGCUUCAGUGUAUCCAAUGUGCUAGGAGGCAUUUAUUUUGUGUAUGUAAAUAACUCACUAUGGGUGUAUGUAUUUUUGUAGUUUCCUAUUUGCACAAGCCGGAAGUGUCCUCUGAAGCCUGUUCCCCUCCCUUUGUGUCUUUCCUUACACGGUUCCAAAGUAUGACCCCAUAUUUUACCAAACCCCCCAUUCCUAAACCAGUGAAUGGAGAAAAUAUGCCCUGUAGGUACUUUCUCGUAUCAGUUUAAUAGGGGUCACCACUACCCUUCAUAAUUUGCACAGCCUGUUGUUAGAGAGCAGCUUUUCACAGUAGAUUCACUAAACAAAAGCACAUACAGUGAGAAGUACACUCAUCUGUUAAUAGACAGGUGAGAAUUUCACAACUGUGUUUUUAAUAGUUCCCAUGUGAUCAUUUGAGCCAAGAGCUUAUGUGUAUGUCCUGUUCAAUGAAUAUUAUCUGGAGACAAAAGUGAUAAUGGCUUUUGGAUAUUGAUACUCUCCUCAAUCCUUAAUUUGCUCUGACAUCUUGCCUGUCCUCUUCCUUCUUGUUCAGUGCUGCUGAGGUAUCCUCAUUAACACCUCUGAGGUGUUGAGGCAACUGAGGUAUUAUUAAUAGUUUUAGAUACACCGUUUGGUGCCCUUGGACACAUCAUCAGUGAUGUAACCUGAGGUCAUGGGGGGUUUCGGGUCUCUCCAUUGAAAAAGAAGAUUCAAAGUCUAAGUAUGUGAUCUGUAGUAAAAAGGUCCAUAAAAUAUGUGAAAAUCUCAAAGACCACUGUACUCGGACCACUGCUCUCCUGCCUCGCGGUAUGUGGUCACCUCUGAGCUAAAGCGGUACUGAGUAAGCACUGGUUUUGAAACUUUCAGGGUGGUGCUUACACCGCUGAACCUUGCAGAUAUAUUAGUUUGUUUUGUCUGUAGUUACCAGCCCGGCUGCCUUUGUAAGAAUUCAGCUCUGUAUGUAUGAGAGAGACAUGAAAAAGUUCCUCCUUCCUGUUUUUUUUUUUUUUAUCCUUUUGCAUAUCUGUCACACUUACAGGUUUCAGAUCAUCAAACAAGUUUUAAUAUUAAAAUAUUAAUAUAAUAUUUUAAUAUUAGACAAAGACUGAUCCAAACCCAAUGUAAGGUUUAUGUCACAGCUUGCUAACAGUAUCAAUAAUUACAGUUGUUUCUUUAAUGCUUAAUCCACCAGUUUGUGCAAUAUAUUUAAUCAAAAUCAUAUUUUUAAUACUACAGUGUGGUAAUUGUCAUUAUCUAUGAACUUUCAAAUUUACUAUUAUACAUAAAUCCAAAAAAAUAAAAUAAAAAGCACAUCAUUAUUAUUUUUGUAUUAAGAUAAAUAAACUAAAUUGUUAUAAUUUUUUGCUGAUAUUCAAGUACAAAAUUAGUUUUGGUGGUUGAAUGCUACACCUGAUUGAUGUCUGAUUAAAGUCCAGUGUCGGCUCAAAUUUGAGUAUAAAAACAUGAAUUCAGUAAUAAAUAACAAUCACAUUUUUAGUUUUAAACGUGUUUUUAACAGAUAUCUAAAAUAUCUGUUUUCUAGUUUUUAUGAAAGGUGGUCUAAAAAAUUGGUAAGCACUCUCCAUACAGUAAAUAGAUACAGGAAGGCAACCCAGCAGCCUUUGUAAGGCUUUUGGUUGGGAGACCAGUCAUUGCAUUUUGAGCAGAAUGGCUCUAAAUCACUGCUGUGUAUUCCAGACAACCAGUGUGGUCGUGCUUUAAACUUGCAUAAUUUCCUAAGGCCAGCUGUGAGCAAGUCCUCUAGUUGCAAAAAGAAGUCCAGUAGAAGUCUGUUGCUUAAGCCUGUGAUCUCAGUAAACACUGUCCCCAUCAGCCUAUGCUAGUUCAUGUUCUAAAUGAUGGUCCCUGCUAAAGUGAAAAGGAAGAGCAAAGCUGGGAAUGCUGUAGGGCUGUGACUGAUGUGUUGCUAUUGUAUAAGCUUCACGCAUUACAAUAACCUGAGGAUUAUGAUGGACUGUGAAGUGGAUGGGCUACUAUGUCACUGGCAUUCUGGUGUACAUGUGAGUCUAGUUUUAAUAUAAUUUUAAUGCAGAGUAACUGAUGUCACACCAUGUGUUAUAGGUUGCUAAUGGUGGAUGGUUGUGUGCUGUUUUACUGAUGUCAAGGACAGUUUGAAUUCAUCCUGGCUGCUAAAGAAGACCAACCCUUGAUUUUUAUGUUGCAGUAUUGGGUAUUGCUGCACAUCUAAUGUGAACAGUCUCACAGGCUGCAGUAGUUUUAACAUGCCAAAUGAGGCGUUGAGUGGGGAUGGCAAUUCCAAGAGGCUGUAAAAGCCUUUUUGGGUGAGUGUAGAUAUGUCCUAAUGAAAUCUACUGCCACUCCAGUUGUAUUUUACUUAGCUUGAAUAGAUAAAUCAAUCCACAGAUUUACUGGCUAUGUGUGCUCUCUAUCCAAGUGCAAACAAACAAAUGUCACUUUAAAGUGCUCAUAGAGGACAGCAGUAGAGAAGCAGAGAGCUGGGUCCAAGUGUCCUUAAGUCAAGCACUGAGCCUCUAAAGCAGGUGCUUGCUGAGCACCGUCAAUGGGGUUACGCUUGUAUAUGAGUGAAGAGACAGACGCCAUUCAAAUUUUUUUCUACCUCUACAAGUGGGUGAAUAGAAUAAUGGUACAACCAUCCCAACCUCUGUUCACCUGUCAGCGUGUUAGAGCAAAGAUAGACACCGAGGAGAGGAAUUCAGGGCCCACCUGCAGGGACUUCAGAUGGAUGUAUCGCUGUAGACGUUACACUUCCAACCUUCCCCUCCUCCUCCCUCAAUGGCAGAAGUAUUACUGUGUGUUUAGUUGUGGUAAAUGAAGCUAUUUUAAAUAUUGUAAUAAAGAAAAAAUAAAUAAUAUAUGUAUUUUAACAGAUGUUCUCAUUUUUCUCAGUGAGUUUUAUGAUGUUUAAAAAAAGCGGAGCUCUUAAAAUAAAAAUAAAGAAAAAAAAUGUAGAUGACGUCUAAAUGUUUUAUAAACGAUGAGUUUAGAUUUUGUAUAAGAUGUGAUAUUUUGUGGGAUUUGUCUACACUGUUAUACAACGAGAAAUUGAAUGUACUGUGACCGCCAUAGGCAUAAAACUGAUUGAAUAAUUGCUCAAUUAAUGAAUCAAUAAACUGCCGAAAUUGUGGAGAAAA